AUGUUCAGCACGACUUCGAGGCAGCGCAGUCCGAAUAGACACGAAGACCCGACGCAUGAUUGGACGUAUUUCCUUUUCGCGGCUCUCGUGAUUCUUCUGACCCUCUUCACGAUGGAAAUACUUUCCGACAUCAAAUCCACGUUUUCUUCCGCUCUGCUCUUCAUUUCUAGGACGUUUCUCGUACAGGGAAUGCGGAUUUUUAUCCGGUUGGGAUCCCAACUUCUCACGAUCGUGAUCGUGGGUCUACUAGUGAACAAGCUCUUUCCCAGUCUUCACUACACGCCCAUUUCCCUGCCGUCUCCAUCGGUCGUUUCGCCUGGACUCGUUAAUGUGCAGAGUCUGGUCCCUUCCUACCAGGAGCGUCCCUGGUUCAUUCACCCGCUCCAUUAUCAUCCCUCGCUCGCUAUCAACGACUGGACGUUAAACGAAACGGCGUCUGUCCAGACCUGUCCGUACUCCACCGAUCUGCUGGCCGAAGUGUCUCACUGCGUGUUUCCGUGGUGGGCCGUGUUUGCGACGAUCCUUCCCGCGAUUCCGUACACGAUCUUGGUGUAUCUGGAGGACAACAUAACGAGCGGACUCAUCGAGAAACCGGAAAACAAUCUGAAGAAAGGGGGUCCGUACGACUAUCUGGACACUACGAUUACGGCGGUGAUCACGCUCGUCAUGUCGUGUCUGGGCAUGCCGUGGGUGAGCGCGAUGUACAUUCGGUCGUUCUACCACCUGCAGGCGCUGUCGGUGAUCGAGGACGUCUACAAGCCCUACGGCGUCUUCGACGAACGAUUCAUCGAGGUCAGCGAGACGCGGGUGCCCGGGAUCGUGCUGGGCGUUCUCUUCUACUGCGUCUUCUUCUUCGAUCGAGCCUUGUCCGUGAUCCCGGAGGCGUGGGAUCCCAUCGUUGGCUCACACACUAGACUCUUCUACGGACUUUUGCUGUACAUGGGAGCGUCGCUCUUCAUCUCGGAUGGAUUGUUCCCCGGAAUCCGACUCAUCUUCAUGGACCGGAAUCUCUACAUUGACGACUACAGAAAGAGAGUUGCAGUUGCUGCAUUCGAGUUUAUUCUAGCUGCCUCUGCGAAGAAUUAA